AGGCCUGGCUGGCGGGGGGCCAGCACCCCGCCGAGACUGUCCGGGGCUUGGGCGGGGAUGGCGGCUCCCCGCUGGUCGCAGAUGCCUCCGCUGUCGCCGCCGCUAUUGCUGCUGCUGCUGCCGCUGCUCUGCCGGGCGGCGCGUGGCCCCGGGGAGGUCCCGACUGAGCAGGCCCAGGACAGGGUCCGAUGCCCUGGGGAGCUGUGGCCUCUGCCCCAAGAGGCCAGGGAUCAGGCGUCUGCCAUCUUUGUAUCUCCACCAAAACAGAAAGCCUAGCACAGCUUUGUUCACGGGCCGCAACAUCACCUUCCUCUACCACCCCUGUGUCCAUCCCUGGCUGAAACACCAGCUUACCCUUCUGGCCCAUGUCUGUGUGCUCCAGCCCAAACUGAUCCCUCAUCUUGGCCUCACUCAGCAGCGGCCUCUCGUACUGGUCGCAUGGGGGACAUCACUUGAGAUGGCAAGAGUAGAGCCAGCCUGGGCAGCCCACUGGUUGAAGAGGAGAAAGAGGAGGAGAAAAAGGAGAGCCUGGCCCACCCCUUCCAGUCUACCCUGGCUUCACUGGGCAGAGCCCACCCAAGUCAUGGAUCGCCUGUGUCCAAGAGGGAGUGUCCAGGCCCUGGCUUUUGCUCUCCGAAGUUGGCGCCCCCCUGGAGAAGGGAUUAAGUCCUGGGGUCAAGGGUACCCUCCUGGAGCCAGGAGGAGGGGACUUCGAGCUGCCCUUGCGUCCCUGCCCACACUCUCGGCCACCAGGGCCCCUCCUCACUCCUUAGAGAUUGCCAAGCUCCUCACAGACACCCCAGGGGGAGCCGCUGGUACCCCCAUGGUGGCCGGCGCUCAGAAAGGUGGAGAGAGCAAUGACUCCCGGCCAGGGCACGGAGGCCCCGGGGGUUGCAUCUGUCCGGGGCAUCCCUCUGCUGCACCCCGGGAGGCCCCUUCCCGGCCGGCCCGGGUACCCACACCUCGCACCGAGGAAGCGGCGUGGGCAGCCACGGCCUUGACCUUUCUGCUGGUGCUUCUCACACUGGCCACGCUCUGCACGCGGCUGCAUCGAAACUUCCGUCGGGGGGAGAGCAUCUACUGGGGACCGCCGGCGGACAGCCAGGACACGGUGGCGGCCGUGCUGAAGCGGAGACUGCUGGCCGCCGGCCCCCGCAGACCUAAGCGCUCUCGGCGGAGACCCCUCCUCCCGCCCGGUCCCGACGCAGAUGGAGGCGGCCUUGGCCCCGAAGGCGGGGGCGGUGACAGCGACAGCUCCUCAGAUUGACAGCCGGCCCGCGGCCGAGAAGGGAGGGGGGCGGGGCAGGGGGCGGCCCCGAGCCUGGCUCCUCCCGGCCUGGGGUCACCGGGGUGGCCCUGCCACGUGGACAGCACCCAGCUGGGAGCCCCUGCCGGACUGCCGGGGUGGUGCAGGCUCCUCCCUGGGCGUCACCCGCGGCCUCGAUUUCUAAUUAAAUUAUUUUAGUAGA